GGUGGGCUCCGGCCUGCCCCGGGACCCCGCCACGACAUGGGCCAGCUGGUGGCCAAGCUGAUGAGCAUCUUCGGAAACCAGGAACACAAGGUGAUCAUCGUCGGGCUGGACAACGCGGGGAAGACCACCAUUCUCUAUCAGUUCCUGAUGAAUGAGGUGGUCCACACGUCACCCACCAUCGGCAGCAACGUGGAGGAGAUCACCCUGCAGAAGACGCACUUUCUCAUGUGGGACAUCGGGGGCCAAGAGACGCUCCGCUCCACGUGGAACACUUACUACUCCAACACUGAGUUUGUCAUCCUGGUGAUAGACAGCACGGACCGAGAGCGGCUUACGGUGACUCGAGAGGAGCUUUACAGGAUGUUGGCCCAUGAGGACCUCCGGGAUGCGGCUGUGCUCAUCUUCGCCAACAAACAGGACGUGAAGGAUUCGAUGACCACGUCGGAGAUCUCGAAGACCCUGACUCUCAGCGCCAUCAAGGAUCACCCCUGGCACAUCCAGGGCUGCUGUGCCCUCACGGGGGAGGGACUCCCCGCUGGGCUCGAGUGGAUGAAAUCCCACGCCACUGCCGACUGACUCCCAGCCCCUUGACCUCUGGACUCCGGGAGCCGAAGCCGAAAGGAGAGCGGCGUUAUUUUUCUAAGAGCCCCGCGGAGGGAAAGGCCUAUUUAUUAUUUUUCUACUCACGGGGGACUGAGACCCCGAGCCUUCAAUGGACAGUGGGGCAGCGGAGGUGGUAGUCCUGCCACUGCAGGGAAGAGACCCAGAGGGGAUCCUGGGGGUCCAGUUUCUUCCCCUGCAGCUGAGACUCCAGGGUAACUGCUGGUGGGUCGGGGGGAUCACUGGUCCAGCACUGGGAAGGGCUGGGGCCCCAAAGUCAGGGAAGAGGUGAGAGGAGAUGGCUUCUCCUUGGCAUCUCCCACCCCAUCCCGGACAUUGGACACUUUCUCCUUCUUGGAGAGUUGGCGAUCAAAGCACGCUGAGUAAAGAAAGUUGGCAGUUGUUGGGGGUGGGAUAAGGAAAGGCAUCCUUUGAGGCCUCUUGACCCCUCCAGGCGCCCACACUCCCCCACCCCAGAGACGGUGGUUCGUCUUGCCUGGACCGGCCCAAAUGCUUUGGACCGUAGCCUGUUUUCUGCUUCGAUUUCAGGUUUUUUCCCCCCACCCGCCCCGUCACCCCGGGCACUGCAGUGCCUGCCCGUCUGGUUUUUUUUUAAGAAGAUUUUUUUAAAAGCGCAUCGGGAAUUUUGUAUUGGAACAAUAAAUGCCGUCGGCCGCCAGUUCGUCUCCCCGCCCCGUCUCUCCUCUCUGGCCCCCAGCUGUCCCCGGCUCAGUGUCCUCCUGCCCUUCUGCCCACUCUGCUCUCUCUGGGGGACACAAAGCAGGCCUCGUGAGGAGGGCUGGCUUGGUUGAGACCCCAGCUCUAGUGUGGGGGCCUAUGGGCCUGAAAAUGGGGGCCUCCGUGUGGCCCUGGUUAGUCCCAGCGCUUAGAACAGUGCUUUGCACAUAGUAAGCGCUUAAAAAAUGCCAUCAUUAUUAUUAUUAUUAUUCUGAACAGGGGAGGGGACUGGAGAAAGCCUUGGGGGUCUGGGCAGAAGGUGGGGAUUGGGACAGAUUUCAAACCGAUGGGCACAUUUGCAAUUUCCAGCCUCUGCCUCUGGCAGGGGCCAGUGUUACAAUAAACUCCGCCAACUGUCAGCUGUGUGACUUUGGGCAAGUCACUUCACU